AUGGUCAGCGUAAUCACCGAAACCGCCACAGAAGCGAAUAAGUCCAUUUUCGCCGUCCCGGACGACACCUCCGUUGAAAAAUUCCAAGACUGGCGAGAUGACUUCUACCGUGAUGGCUACGUCGUCAUCAAGGGCGCCAUCCCUGGGGCCAAGGCGGAUAUGUACCGCCAGAAAGCCUUGAAUUGGAUCACCAGCUUCAACAAAGGUCUCGACCUCAACGACUCCACGACCUGGACCGACGCCCACCUCCCUCAGAGCUUCAAAGCGGGCAUGUACCUCAACUACUGCGCCGCCCACGAGAAGUACGUGUGGGACGCCCGCCAGGAGCCGGGUGUCCUCGAGGCUUUCGAGAAGAUCUGGGGCACCAACGAGCUCGUCGUCUCCUUCGACACCAUCAAUGUCACCUUCCCGAACCGCAAGGACGUCAACUGGUCCCCGUGGCCGCAUGUCGACCAGGCUCCUGAGCGCAAGGGCCUUUCCUGCGUUCAGGGCAUUAUCAAUCUUUCUCGCGCAGGCCCCAAGGACGGCGGUCUUCUCCUCAUGAAGGGGUCAUCUAAGCUCUUUGACAAGUUCUUCGCCCUUAACCCCCCUGACAGGACUCAGGGCAUCGGCGCCAAACACUACGAUUUCUAUCCCUUUAAGGAGCACCACGUCAGGUGGUUCAAAGAGCAGGGCUGCGAGCUGAUCAAGGUCUGCGCCGAACCCGGCGACCUCAUCUUGUGGGAUAGCCGUAGUAUGCAUUAUGCUGCCUUCCCUGAGAGCGAUACUAUCCGCACUAUCAUCUACGCAUGCUAUACACCGGCUCGCUUUCUUCUCGAGGAUGACCGCCAGAAGAAGGUUGAAAUAUUCAAGCGGUGGGAGGCGACUACUCACUGGCCCCAUUGCAACCUUCACUCUCACGGAAAAGCCAAGAUUAACGGCGAGGUGGACCCAGACGAGCGUGAUGAACCGAUGGAGAAGCCAGAGCUUACUCCACAGCUCCUGAAGCUUGCCGGAGUCAUCAAGUAUGAGUGA